CUGCAGUGCGCGUGCGCGGUUGAAGUUGCCGGUGGCUUAAGAUCGAUCCAUUCCUAAAAGGCUAAAACCUCCAGACGACAAAUAUCUACAAGUUUUCUUCGUUCUUCAUUAAAGAUCUUCACUUGGUCUCUCCUUCAAUACCCACAAUGUUCAAAAAGUUUUCCGCGGAAGAUGUUUCCGCACAAAACCAGGUCAAGGCAUCUGUACAACGCAAAAUUCGGCAAAGUAUUGCUGAGGAGUACCCUGGACUUGAGCCAGUGUUGGAUGAUUUGCUUCCGAAAAAGUCUCCCCUGAUUGUUACUAAAUGUCAAAACCAUCUAAAUCUGGUUGUGGUUAACAAUGUGCCACUGUUCUUUAACAUUCGUGAUGGACCUUAUAUGCCUACCCUAAGACUACUUCAUCAAUAUCCAAAUAUAAUGAAGAAGUUACAAGUUGAUAGGGGUGCAAUAAAAUUUGUCCUUGCUGGCGCAAACAUAAUGUGUCCUGGCCUUACGUCUCCUGGCGGUGUUUUGGAUGAUGAAGUUGGUGCAGAAACUCCUGUGGCCAUAAUGGCUGAAGGAAAGCAGCAUGCUCUUGCAAUUGGCUUUACUAAAAUGUCAGCAAAAGAUAUAAGGGUAAUCAACAAGGGAAUUGGGGUGGACAAUAUGCAUUAUCUUAAUGAUGGUCUCUGGAAGAUGGAGCGCUUAGAUUGAGGACUUUGAAAGGCUAAUUGUGUGACAUCUUCCACAUUAUUAAAGGAAAACAACUUGUCAUGAAGCUAUAUUUGGCAGCGGAAUCCCUGUGUUUUGGGCAAUUGCAAGAUCAUGAAAGCUAAAGGACCUAUUUGUCCUCUAUGUACUGAAGGGGAAUAGUUUUAUCAUACAUGCACACAUCAAUCCUUUGAUGAGUUUCCCUUAUGAGUUGAUAAAUUUGAUUUUGGUA